CAGGUUUGUUACAUGAAAAAUAUUUACUGCAGCCAUUUAGUUAACUUAUAAGACUCAUUUGUAUAUAGUACAGUAGUUUGUAGUACAUUAAAAUACAAUGAUUGGAACAGGGAACAGAUGCCACCUACAAGACCAUAAAGAUUACUUAGAGUUGUCUAUACUUUGAAGUUAAUUUAUAAAACAUAAUAUUGUUUUUUAUAUCCAUCUCUCAACAUAAACAUCACAGGUUGAGCGGUCAGAUCAAAUGACCCACAGGUUGGCUGGUGUGAUUCCAGCUCCCACAGGUGAAUGCUGUUGUUGUGUCCUUGGGCAAGACACUUAGCCCACCUUGCCCACAGUGUCUGCGUACACUGGUGUGUGAAUGGGUGAGUGGUUCCUUGUUGUAAAGCGCUUUGAGUGCCUUGAAGGUGGAAAAGCGCUAUAGAAAAAUGUGACCAUUUACCAUAAAGUUAGCAUAGUUGAUUCAUAUCUCAAUAAUACAUAUUCUGAAACCGGUUUAGAUUAAAGAGAUUUAUCUGGAACUGUUCCAGUAAAAAACAUGCCCAAAAUUACAAUGGUAUAUUUGCCAAAUUUGCUUGUAUUAAUCUAAGUGAAUUUCAGAAUGAAUAAAGUUCUAACUUUACCACUUCCCGAAAAGAUAGAACCACACAUUUUAAAGCCAGUUCUCUAUCUGCAUUACAAUGUUGUGCCUCCUGUAAGGGGAUGGGAUUGGUGAGCACUGCCUUCCCCCCUGACGCCCUCCAGAAACUGCGCCAUGGAAACCUGGGGAUCUGCCACACACGGUACUCAACGACUGGGAUCUCAGAGCUGCAGAACUGUCAGCCAUUUGUGGUGGACACACUGCAUGGCAAAAUUGCUGUGGCUCACAAUGGAGAGCUGGUGAACGCACAGGCACUUAGGAAGAAGGUGAUGCGUCAUGGUGUGGGCCUGUCCACAAGUUCAGACAGUGAACUAAUCACACAGCUGCUGGCCCUCACUCCACCCAUGGAGGAGCUGGACAACCCAGACUGGGUUGCCAGAAUUAAAAACCUUAUGACAGAGACUCCUACAUCCUACUCACUGUUAAUGAUGUUCAAAGAUGUUAUCUAUGCUGUGAGAGACCCGUAUGGGAAUCGGCCCCUCUGCAUCGGGCGAGUGGUCCCCAUCUCAAAACUGCACAGUUCAGGAGUAGAGGAGGAGGACACCGAAGGAUGGGUCGUGUCUUCAGAGUCUUGCAGCUUUCAGUCCAUUGGCGCCAGGUACUACAGAGAAGUGUUGCCAGGAGAAAUUAUACAAAUCUCUAAACAUGGAGUCAAGUCUCUGACCAUUGUCCCUCGUCCAGAAGGAGACCUCCCCGCCUUCUGUAUAUUUGAAUAUGUUUACUUCGCCAGACCAGACUCAAUAUUUGAGGGUCAGAUGGUGUAUACUGUGAGGCAGCGCUGUGGUCGGCAGUUGGCCAUUGAAGCCCCUACAAAUGCAGAUGUGGUCAGCACUGUCCCUGAAUCUGCUACCCCUGCUGCCCUGGGAUAUGCACAACAGUCUGGUUUGCCAUACAUAGAGGUUUUGUGCAAGAACCGCUACGUUGGCAGGACGUUUAUUCAACCAAACACCAGACUGAGGCAGCUGGGAGUGGCCAAAAAGUUCGGAGCACUGACUGAUAACUUUGCUGGAAAGCGGGUUGUGCUCAUUGAUGACUCCAUUGUGAGAGGGAACACCAUCUCACCCAUUAUAAAACUGUUGAAGGAGGCUGGUGCAACCGAGGUCCACAUCAGAGUAGCCUCGCCACCUAUCAGGUACCCUUGUUACAUGGGUAUCAAUAUUCCCACCAAAGAGGAGUUGAUUGCCAACAAGCCAGAGUUUCAGGACAUUGCUGGAUAUAUUGGUGCUGACAGUGUUCAGUAUUUGACAGUGGAGGGCCUAAUUUUGGCUGUGCAGGAGGGAAUUGCCUCCAAAGACAAAGAUGAAAUGAUCAAUAAGUCCAGAGGCAGAGUGGGCCACUGUACUGCUUGCCUCACUGGGAAAUAUCCAGUGGAGCUGGAGUGGUAGCAGCACCAAAAACAAGACAUUUCAGCAAACAUUUACAAACAAAAAUAUAAGCAGGCAUGCUUUUCAGGUUGCACAAUAUGUGAAAAAUAAGUGUGAGCACUGUGCUGCCAAUGUUUGUUGAAUAUUGCAAUAUUUUCAUAAUAGUAAAUGUUAAAUCAGUGUUUCAAGAGUCUAAAGAAGCAUUACUCCAGAGGCAAGUGUGACUAAAGGUGACAUCCUUCAGACUGUAAAAUAUUCAGUUUUACUUAUUAUGCAACUGUCUUCCCAUCUAUCACAAUUUGGUCAAUAUCUUAAGAUCAGUUUGUGCAGACCUUGUUUUUUUGUUUGACAUUCAAUAGUUCAGCUUUAUCUGCAUACUUACAUGUUCAUACUUUUUGUAACUAAAAUGUCUUUUUUUAGGGUUAGGCUUUUUUUCCAGCAACCCUAAGCCUGCGGGUGUAUUUUACUUUAUCCCUUUACUUUACUCUAUACAUAAUAGAAUGCAAACAAGACUGAAAUCUAAAUAUAAUUUAUAUACUGUUUCCUCAAAUUUACUUUUUGUAAAACCAUAGAGGAUCGUAAAUGAAAAAUUAAAAAUGCAAAUUAUCAACAUUCAUUUUUUUUCUAUCCAAGGACCCUAUUGCAAAAUAAAAUACUGACGCAUUAUGGCAUUUGUAGAUUUUAUUAAUAAAAACUUUUUUGAUAAACAAGUCAAAA